CCUUGUCACUGCCUGGCGUCGCCACCCAGUUCGCUCUAUCCCCCAUGCACGUCCUUCUUCCAGAGCAGAACCAGCCUGGGAAAGCGAGAGGUUUUGGCUUGCAACUGCUGAGCCUGGAAAUGGCGGCCGGGACGACCUGAAGCGAGAAGGGGAGGGCAAAGCAGCUAAGUUCGCACAAAUCGCGCCGCUUGCGCAGCGCCCUCCUGCGCGUCGUGCGCUCUCUCUCUCUGGGGGGUGGGUAGGUUGGGUGUCGACAUGAGGCUGCUCCGGGCGCUGCUGCGAAGCGUGUCCCCGGCCACUGUACCUCAGCAGGUGGAUUUCUAUUGCCGCUUCUCCCCGUCUCCCCUUUCCAUGAAACAGUUCCUCGACUUCGGAUCUGACAAUGCUUGUGAGAAAACUUCAUUUAUGUUUCUGCGACAAGAGUUGCCUGUAAGAUUGGCAAACAUCAUGAAAGAAAUAAGUCUGCUUCCAGACAACCUUCUCAAAACACCUUCAGUUCAGCUUGUCCAGAGUUGGUAUGUUCAAAGUCUUCAGGAGAUCCUUGAUUUUAAAGACAAAAGUGCUGAAGAUUCAAAAGCUGUUUCUCGUUUUACAGAUACUGUGAUAACAAUUCGGAAUCGUCACAAUGAUGUUAUUCCUACCAUGGCUCAGGGUGUGAUAGAGUAUAAGGAUCACUAUGGUGUCGAUCCAGUGACAAGUCAGAAUGUGCAGUAUUUUCUAGACCGUUUCUUCAUGAGCCGCAUUUCAAUCAGAAUGCUUCUUAAUCAGCACACUUUGUUGUUCGGUGGGAAAGUCAAAGUUAACCCAGCUCAUCCAAAACACAUUGGAAGCAUUGACCCUAAGUGCGAUGUUGUUGAAGUUAUAAAAGAUGGCUACGAAAAUGCAAAGAGGCUUUGUGACUUGUAUUACAUGAGCUGUCCAGAACUUGUACUUGAUGAGCGAAAUGUAAAAUCAUCAGGGCAGCCCAUGCAGGUGGUGUAUGUGCCAUCACAUCUCUACUACAUGGUUUUUGAACUUUUCAAGAAUGCAAUGAGGGCUACUAUGGAACAUCGUGCUGAUCGAGGUAUUUACCCUCCAAUUCAUGUCCACGUCACAUUAGGCAAUGAGGAUUUAACUGUGAAGAUGUGUGAUCGUGGUGGUGGUGUUCCUUUGAGGAAAAUAGAUCGCCUGUUUAACUAUAUGUAUUCAACUGCACCACGCCCCCGUGUUGAGACAUCACGAGCAACACCACUGGCUGGAUUUGGUUAUGGCUUACCUAUAUCCCGUCUCUAUGCUCAGUACUUCCAAGGAGAUCUGAAGCUCUAUUCUCUUGAGGGUUAUGGUACAGAUGCUGUUAUCUUCAUAAAGGCUUUAUCAACAGAAUCUAUUGAAAGACUGCCAGUGUAUAACAAAUCAGCUUGGAGACAUUACACAGCAAAUCAUGAAGCAGAUGACUGGUGUGUCCCAAGUAGUGAGCCGAAAGACAUGACUACAUUCCGCAGUAUAUAGCAGUAUGGGACAGAUGUGGCAUGCGGAAGAUAGCCUUAGUACACAGUUUGUGUCAGGAUUGUGUGUGCCUGGGUUACCACAGUACAGCUCUAGUAUUUUGUCUGGGAGAGCAUAUAUUUCCACUAAACAGGAGUCAGAAAACUACGUAUCUUUUCUAGAGUAUUGUGCAGUGUACAUUUGAGAAGUGAAUAUACUAAAUUCAUUUCAAUCAUUUCCUUCAUUAUUCUAGUAAUAAUGGAUCUAGUGCAGCCUUUCCCAACCUUUGGGUCUCCAGAUGUUGCUGGACUACAAUUCCCAUCAUUCCUGACCAUUGGCCAUUUUGGAUGCUGAUGGGAGUUGUAGUCCAACAACAUCUGGGGACCCAAAAGUUAGGAAAGGCUGAUCUAAUGCACAAAUUCUAGAUUGGAUAUAAAAAGGUCAGUGCACAGCUUGUUCAAAUAUUGUACAGUUCAAUUACUAAAUGUUCUAAUGAAAUGCUCAUGGAGGAUUUAGUUGAAUUUAAGAAUUGUAGCUUUAUAAAGCUUUGGGACUUGGUUGCACUAACACAGCACUUUGUCUUCACAAGGAUUACAGAAGUGCUUUACAACAGGAGAGAUUCUACUUAGGGGGCAAUCCAACUCAUUGGAGGCCAGCAGAGGGGGCUGCCGCAUCCAGCAUCUGUUCAGGAGGGGAGGGCACAGCUGAAGGAAACAAAACGCAUGUUUUCUUCCGACAUGCCUUUUCCCUGUGUAUCAGCUGUUGGGAUAGAGGGCCGUGGACUCAGGAUGCAGUGUAAAUCCCCUUACCCUCAGUUCCACCCUGACACCCCCUGGAAAGCCCCUUUUCCGGGCCUUCCACUGGCUGCAUUUGUGCUGGUCUCUGCUGAGCCGGCUGCACCCAGGUGGCAGUGGAGUUCCCUGGCUGUGUUGCAGCUGUGCUGCGACUGCGCUUGGAGAGGAGGGGAAGACUUCUGCUGGUAGAGCCAGAUAGCACCCACACCCUUCUCAGCCACAGCUAUGCCGUAUCCUGAAGCCCCUCAGGCCAGUGUAACUACCAGGAGAAUUACGCCCUGAAAGAUUAUCAUAUGUUUUGUUUUUAUUUCUUGGAAUCAAACAGUUUAUUCCUUCUAAUGCUAGACACCACCCACAGUUGAAACAAAUUUUAUGCAUUUAAUUUUACACAUGAUCCAGCUAAAUUUAAAAAUGUUUGAAUCAACAAUUUUCAUUGGGAAGUUAAGCACAUAGAAAUAUCUACCAACAGAAUCAGUGGCACUUAAAAGCAUUUAACUUUGGCUGGUUCAUGCCAUGUUGUUUCCUCCUCCCUUGGAAGUUUGCAUGAAAAUCUCACAUCUGUGAUACUGUAUAAAAAUCUUAAUUAGAUGGUUUUAAAAAAUCAAUUUAUUUUUUAAAAAUACAUAUUUGCUUCUUUUUAAAAUAGUUAGGUAUAAUCAAUUGGAUCCAGAAACUAAGGAGUCGAAUUCGAUUCAUGCAAUGGGGCUUCUCUGCCACCCCUUACAGUCCACCAAAGCUGCUCCUGAGGGUUGAGGGACUGUCUGGAAUGACAUGUGAUAGGGCACAAGAGCUGUAGUGGGGUGGGGAAAUAGGGAGAACUCUGUGGGGCUGACUUCAGUGGAAAUGCCUUGCCGCGUGCGCAGGGCAUCUCUGCAUCCAAGCCUUUGUAUGUUAGCAGCUGUAAAUAAUGCAAAAAUACUGAGCAUGACCCAAACAAAUUGCUUUAAGCGCCACUGGUUUCAAUUGGAGAGGCUUAAGCAGGUCUUUCACUCUCCUCUUGAAAUUAAUGAUAUUUAAAAGUGCUUCUUUGGGGGCACUUUGCUACUGCUUUUAGGUAAAUGAGGUCAUAGCCAUGCCAUACAUUUAAAGCACUAUUAUAGCACUUUUAACAGUCAUAAAGAAUAGUGAGAACUCUAGUUUGUUACGCAUACUGGGAGUUGUAGAUCUAUGAGGUGAGAACUCCUCAGCAACUACAAUUCCCAGGAUUCUCCAUGGCGAUUAAAGUGGUAUGAAACUGCUUUAACUGUAUGAUGUGGAUGUGAUCUGGAAAAAGCCCUUUCUGGCUCCUAAUUUAAUGCCACUAAUACUUGUGCUAGUUUUGCACAGUAAAGCAGACCUCAGGUUGUUAAGACAGUUUAAACGUUAUGUGCACUGCACACAGUACUUUUGACAUCUAAUUGCUAUGGAUUCAUUUCCUUGCACAUUCAUAGUAUUUCUCUUGACCUCUUUGGAUUCACUCACUUGCUUACAAAUGUAAAAAAGAAAUUGGAACAUUAAUAACAUAUUGUUUCUCUAAAGAGCAUUGUAUAGUUUUUGUUUAGAGCUGAUGUUUCAUACUGCUGUAGCCCAGUAAAUACUUCCACAGAUAUUUAAUUUUCUGGUUAUGCUCUCCGGCAUUUUGUUCCCUACAAAUAUGGCCAGCUACCAAAGUAGAAUUAAAGCAAUUUCAUUCCACUGAGUUUAACUGAAUUCUGGGAUGCUUAGUAUUCUGUCAUACUGUCAUGGUAACUUCAAAGUACAAGCCCCUACAUAUCUACUAAGAAGUCUACUCAACAGUAAGUCCUGUUAAGCUCAUUGAUACUUACUUCCAUGUAAGUGAGUGAAGGAUUGCAGCCUUAGUGAAUGUAAUGCCAGUGUUGCAAGGAAUAAUCACAGAAGGGCAAUCGUUCUGCAUAUAUCAUAUAAGAGCGGUUGCUCACCAGAAGUUUCUAUUCAAUCAAUACAUAUGCAAUCUACAACUAUUGUUGCAAAUCCAAACAUCUAAAGCAGCUGUGGUACAUUGUUACUCAAUGGGCAGAAAAAGCUCUGCUCUGCUGUUGUGUACACACAAACACAAUCUCAGGUCCUAACUGUGAAUGUUUCUUGGUGCUGUGCUUAAAUUCCUUAAUUUCCAGCAAAUGUGAUAUAUAGGCAAGAGAGAUGAUCUCUGUUUUAUCUAUGCUGAUUAUAAAUUAUUAUAACCAGCUUUUAAUUCACACCUACAAUUGCAGCAGUAAUUUAAUUGCCUGAGGCAUGAUCCUAUAUCAGGAAUGUUGUAUAGCCAGGUUGCAGUAAAGAAGUAUGGGUAGAGUACAUAAUUCUAAACAUUUUUACUCGGGAACUAAACCUUGUUCAGAGUAAUAGCAGUGCCAAAUGUGUUUAGAUUUUGGGUGUUAGUUGGGAAACGGUAAAAUAGCCACUCCUGUAUCUUACUAUAUUAGGAAAUCCCUCUCCUGUUUACUAUGUAAAUUGGAUUGUUGAAUGUGGUGUUCAUAGUGAAGCUGCCCAUGCUGUAAUCAACAGCAGUUUAGUAUGGUAGCUUGUAGAUCAAGCACGCAUCAAGCCUACAUUACACUACUGCUUUAACACAUCAUCAUCUUUAGAAGGAAACAUUUCUGCCAUGUUAGUUAGCAAAUCAGGAUUGUAGUAGGUUUGAUCAUCUGGAGGUGAAGGAAAAGAGGAAGAGAAGCUAGAGUUAGUAUCUUCUAUCCUUGUAUGGAAUAUGAAUUAUAAUCAGGUCUGUGGUCCUGAGCCAGUAGUCACAGGAACGAAAUGUGCAGUGCUGUGCUAUGGAUGCUAAUUGAGCUUGUCUGCAUGUAUGCCUUCUAGCCUACCAAGGGAUUUGCAAGCAUAUGUAUGGAUGCACAUGCACAUUGUCCUAGCUAGAUCAUGAUUAUACUGGUACGUUCAACAAUUCAAUGUUCUGAAAGUUUAGCACUAACCAAAACAAAUGUUUGUGGUGGGAAACUCAUAGGCACAAUGAGUUCAUUUGCUGUUUUAAAGUUUGAUCCCUAUUAAUACAGUAUUUCAGAAAAUAAUGAUAAUGCUACCUUCUAGGUAUUAUUCCCUCGCUGCUAGUAUGAGAUAGUUUUAAACAAUUUUGCUUGCAGCUGGAAGAAUAAAAUGGAACCAGUCAAGACAUUUUGUAUUUAGAAUUUUAAUACUGUACUGUGAAAAAUUUGGCUUGCAACAAAAUGGCUUAGUGAUUUUUAUAACAAUAAAAUUAAGCAUUUUUUAAAAA